UGAACUCUAUAAGUAACAUGAAAUAGAAUAGUGUAUCCUUCUCAGGGAGAUCCUAAAGCUUCUAGUUGAGAGAAAACAGAGAAGCAAAAUAUGGGUUCUCAUUCAUCAGCCAAGAUUCCUGUUGUGGAUUUUUCCAAGGAAAAUUUGAAUCCUGGCUCAAGUUCUUGGUCUGCUACUUGCAAGGAUGUUCUUCUAGCGCUUGAAGAGUUUGGCUGCUUCAUUGCAGUUUAUGACAAAGUUCCUUCAGAGCUUCAGAACAAACUCUUCUCUGCAUUAGAAGAGCUGUUUAAUCUCCCCACAGAAACCAAAAUGCAAAAUGCCCAUAAUAAGCCUUACCAUGGCUAUGUGGGGCAACAUUCCCGACUGCCUCUUCAUGAAAGUAUAGGCAUUGAUAAUGCUACCACUCUUGAAGGAAUGCAAAGUUUUGCGAAUCUCAUGUGGCCUGCUGGAAAUGAUCAUUUCUGUGAAAUUACGCGUGAGUUCUCAAAGAUAGCACUGGAGCUGGAUCAUUUGGUAACCAAAAUGAUUUUUGAAAGCUAUGGUGUUGGGAAGUACUAUGACUCUCAUUUGGAACCAAUGUCUUAUCUUCUCCGAGUCUUGAAACAUAAAGCACCCAAGGUGAAGGAGCCUAAUUUGGGCUUUGCUCGUCAUACAGACAAGAGCUUCAUAACUGUACUUUAUCAGAAUCAAGUUAAAGGUUUGGAGGUAGAAACUAAGGAUGGUGAGUGGAUUAGUCUUGAGCUUUCACCUUCAUCCUUUGCUGUCAUAGCAGGCGAUGCUUUAGUGGCAUGGAGCAAUGGCAGGCUGCAUUCUCCCUAUCAUAAGGUCAUGAUGAGUGGCAAUGAAGAGAGGUACUCACUUGGGCUGUUUCAAUUCAGCAGCGGGAUGAUACAAAUACCCGAAGAGCUAGGUGAUGACGAACACCCCUUACAGUUCAAGUCCUUCAAUCAUCUUGGAUUACUUCGUUUCUUUCACACUGAAGAGGGUCAGAAAUCCAAGAGCCUUAUAAAAUCCUACUGUGGUAUUCAACCCAAAAAAGUUUAGGUCUGGUUCAGUAUCCAGCAAUAAAAUUAGACCUUGGCAGGAGGCCAGUUCAACAAAAUGUUUCAGAUAGUUCUGCUCUAGGAAUGCCUCUUGAUUUCUAGCGUACAUGUAAUAUGUGUUUGGGAUGUAUUUUCUAUGUUUUAAAUCGUGCUUUGUUGCAUAGCGGUAAUGUAAUGCAGUUUUAAAUGUGAACACAACUAUAAGGUAUACUGGGAGUA